GAUAGAUAGAUAGAUAGAUAGAUAGAUAGAUAGAUAGAUAGAUAGGUAGGAAGGAUUUGGUGUCUAGAUUGUGUGAAUGGAUUAUUACUUUAUCAUGGCCUGUCCUAGUAACUGAAAAUCAAUUUAAAAACUGAAUAACUUCAUCUAAUUUUUCAUCUAUUUUACACAUGAAUCGGUAUUUAAAUUCUACUCUGUAUUGCAAUGUCGACACCUUACCUGGUUGUGUGAGAACACAGGGACCAUAGUGUCGAGAGAGUGAGUUGCUUAGGAAACAGAAAAGGCAGAGAAACAGGGAUAAAUAAUUAGAGAGAAAGAGGGGGAAUCCACGAUGGAGAGGAGGCAAGAGCAGAGAUGUGGGCCAUUUUUACUCAAGAGAGUUCAGAGGGGGUCGGAGAAGCCUGCUCCAAAUGGAUUUUCCUUGUUUGUAAUGAGGCUACUUCUUCCAGUGCAUGUGGCGCUUUUGGAGGAGUUGGACGGAAAGAAGGACAGCAAGGCGAGCAGAUAGAGGAGUAAGAGGGUGAAAAUGGUUGGAAGUUGUAAAGAGAGGGCAGGGAGUAGGAAGCACAAGGAGGAGGGAUUGCAACUGAAGGAGAAAGAGGCUGCAGAGAGAAAGAAUAAUAGGAGUGCAAUAGUGUUCGGUCAUAGAUCUUUCUGAUGAUGUUAUGCAGUUGCCAAAGGGUGGGGGGAGGGAGAGAAUGGGGAGAAAGGGAGGUGGGAAAGGAUAGAUGGUGGGAGAAACAAUCAGUUACUGCAGGUAGUGGUGACCAGUGAGAGGGAAAGAAAUAAAUGGAACAUGGAAUAGAAAGAGAGGGCAGAUUUGUGACUGAAAAUAUUACAGCUGUUGUGCUGCAGAGGAGGAAAGGAAUAGCUUGGUGGUAUUCCAAAUGUGAAGCUGUUAAACUGCGAUGUAGAAAUGUUAAGAUGAAUGGAACGGCAUCUGGAAAAUUACAGCUAUUUUUCAACAAAUGAGCUAAUUGUCUAAAUCCCUUGUGAAUAUACUCCGGCACAAAAAAAAGGACAUGAGCUGCAUGUAGAGCACUUGUGUCUUUCUUUGGCCUUCAUUUUCAAACAGUGGUUCAGAGGCUUUAAAUGAGAAACAUAUGAGAGAGGUUCACCCAAGGAAAACUCUGGUAAAGACAGUGACCUGCUUUAGCUUCUCUUUGAAGUGAAUUCCACAGUCCUGUGCUCAUAUUACCUUCCUACUUCUGUUCUCCUCCUCCUCUUUAUUUCCUCUCCUCUCCCUUUUACUCUUAUCAAUUUAAACUGCUCUUGUCAUUUCAUUUCUUUCUCUACAUUGGUUUUCACUCUUUUGCUCUCGUAUUCAUUCACUCUCCUCUGAAGAGGAACACUAUGUAACAGACUGAGAUUGAUAUUUUCUUUCUCUUGUUCUCACUUUUUUUAGUAUCUUUCUUUGAUUUUACAUGACUUAUGUGGUGUACUGAGAGAUGGUUUGUGUCCUCAGUGAAAGACUAAUCCUGAUUUUACUGCAUUUACACUUUAUUCAGUAUUAGUGAAUCACUUAAGGAUAUCUUAUAGUUCCUCAUCUAUAUAUCUGAUUGGCCCAGACUGCCCAACUCAAGUAAAAAACAGAGAGACUCGGUAGACUCGCUGGCUCAGUUCAACCUGAAAACAACCUGCCAAAUAAUGACACUUCCUAAUCCUAUACGUGGGGAGAAAUCCAAAGAAAAUACAUGUCAAGUGUCAGUGCACAGGUAGCAAUGACAUAACGUAGGGAUCUCUGGCCUGAAGAACUCAUCUGAUAAGACGGGGAAUGAUGAGAGAAAGUGUGGAAAGGAGGAAAGGGACCGCGCGUUUAUGAAAGCAAAAACAAGGGCAGAGAAAGAAGCAGAGGGAGAAGUCAGAGGCAGCGCACAGAUGGUGAGCUGUCAGCGGCCGGCUGUGCCUGUGUGUGUGCGUGUGUGUACCUUCAUAUGUGUGUGCGCUGUUCAUACCAUGCAUAUUUGUGGAUGCUACAUAAAUGUGGAGUGCAUGUCUGCCCUUGCUUUCUUGUGUGCAUCCAUGCAUGUGUGUGUGUCUGUGCGUGUCUGUGCCCUCUGAGCUGAGGAGAGGUACUGUAUGUGCGCAGAGCUGUUCUUCCCAGAUGGCACUGGCAAACAGACACUGCAAGGCUGGCGGAGCUGGCACGCCCACCUAGUGCACAGUUGGCACUGCCCGCCACCAUGCUUUCCCCUAUGUACCGGGGGCGAGAGUACCUGCUGCCAGCCGCCUAAGCUCAUUGACUGGCAGGCUGUCUAACUACUGACUUUUUUCCAUUGGUAAAGUUUCUCUGGCUUUGUUGGAUCCCAAGAGAGCGUUCCUUUGACCCUAAACGAAUGUAAAACCUCCUGGUUUUUUAGAAUCCGCCAUUCAGGAACAGCAUUUCAUGAGUAUGUUACAACAGAAGCUGCAGCCAAUGCAGAAACACAAAGUCAAGACAUGAGGCAAUAUCAGACAAACUGUCACAAGAGUUCACGUCACAAUUUAGGCAUUUUAAAUGGUUUCAGUUGCACGCUGCCGCAUUCUAGUAAAGUCAGCUGUGGCAGGCAGAGCUUUCAUUCAUUGCAUGUCUUAACUUUAUUGUGCCCUGACUAAACAGCGAUGUGUCUUAACACACUGCUAUGAUCAUGCUGAUCUAUAGGCUUCUGCUGGCAGGUUUCCAGUACUGGAGGCUUUCCAGCUGAACGCCUUGAUGUUUUCGUUGUGCGCAUGAAGAAAACACGCAGAAACAUGCAACACUGAAUAGCUACCAACAUAAAAGACCAUGUUAGUGCGAAUGCUCGUGUGUGUGUCUGUGUUGCAGAUGCGUUUGAAUACAUUUAUCUGUCUAUGUGUGUGGGCUUGGGUGAUGCGGGAGUGAUGGUGGAUUUUAUAUUUCGCAUGCCAUGAACAGGACGUGUAAAGUAAGUACAGAUGUAUGGAAGCGUGUGUAACUGUGAUCCUCUGCUGUGUGUACUCUGUGUGUGUGCGCGUGUGUGUGUGUGUGUGAACGAGGAAGCAGCUGUGCGAGCGGCAAGUGUGCGCCAGGUCGACAACACUUAAAGCAGAACCAAGGCACGUGUGUGUGUGUGUGCUUGCGUCCGCAUGUGUGUCUCUAUUCUGGAGCAUAUGUGUGUGCGCGUGUCACAGUGCGCAUGUGUUUGUAUUCUUGUGUGUAUGCGGGAGGGGUGGGGAAUUUGGCCACCCAUCUGUGCUAGGCUAUUUCGCUACUGUUUCUGCAGGCAUACACACACAGACACUGUCACACACACAUACACACACACACACUGUGGAGCACUGUGCCAGGCAAGCUGUUCACUAGCUGGCGCUGGCAACGCUCCAGAGAGAGUGGUGGCAUCCAUCUGUAGCACUGGAGAGCGGUUAGGCUGUGUCUGAGUCUAUGCGUGUGUGUGUGUGUGUGUUUGUGUUGCCACAGAAAAGCAAAACAAUGGGACUGUCUUGAUGAUGCUAUUAGUAGUAUCAGUCGUGGGUGUGGGGACAGAGUUCAGAGAUGUGCUGGUUGAAAAACUGAGGCUGUUUGAUGGACACGGGGGAUGGAUGUGGCGAGGAUAGCGAUCUGAGGCGCCUCCUGCUGAACAAAGACGACAACAUGUGAUGCUAAUACCCAGAAAUGCUAGAAAACUAAUGGACUGUCACAAAUAAUAUCUCACAUUUGUAUAUGGAAAAUUAAAAAUAAAGUAUCAAACCUAAAAUUUAUGGCCAGUUUAUGAUUAUUUUUUACUGAACUAAAGAUUAAGAUCUCACAUUAACACAUGAUUAUUUAAAUAAAAUGCAGAUUGUAGACACUGGAACUGUACAGUCCUGUCAAUGAUGCUUCAAUGGUAUUGUGGGCCAUGUUUAGCUCCUUUCUUCUCGCCUGUCAGUGGACUCAGAUGGCUGCGUGCUGACAGGGAUGCGAGACAGUGAAAGGUGAAAGAGCCCAGUAGAAAGGAUGUAACAGUUAGAUGAAAGGAGACAAAGACACAUCGCUGACCUAAAAUGGGCUGUGGUGACACUGGGCAUGUGUGUGUUUGCGCGCAAGCAGAGGCCAUCCCUCUGCCACCUUCGCCUCCAGCCAUACUUUACUCACAGCCACUCAGAGCCAUUAGCAAACCACAGUCACUGUGUCACCCACAAGAACACAGGUACACACACACACAUGCGAUGUAAGCUUAGAAAUGCCCCGAUCCAAGGUCUCACCAAUCACCGCUCCCUGCUCACCAGAUGUGACUAAGACCCUGUUUUUAAACAUCUUCCCCCGCAGGGCAGAGGAGGCAGCAGUGGGGGUAGAAGGGGAAGGAGAGUAAGAAGGCAAAGGAGUAGUGGUUUUCAGAGAAGAGGUGAUCGCACUGGGAAGCGCUCCAUCAUGCCCGACUCACCUGCGGACGUCAAGACACAGUCCAGGUUGACCCCCCCUACCAUGCCACCCCCACCCAGUACACAAGGAGCACCCCGUAACAGCUCCUACACACCAACUACAUUAACCAACGGCAGUAGCCACUCCCCAACGGCGCUCAACGGCGCUCCAUCUCCUCCAAAUGGUUACAGCAAUGGUCCUAGCUCAUCCUCCUCAUCGUCUCUGGCCAACCAACAGCUGCCUCCAGCCUGUGGUGCCCGACAGCUCAGCAAGCUCAAGCGCUUCCUCACUACUCUACAGCAGUUUGGGAACGACAUCUCACCUGAAAUUGGCGAAAGAGUCCGCACGUUGGUGCUGGGAUUAGUGAAUUCCACUCUGACCAUCGAAGAAUUUCACUCCAAGCUGCAAGAAGCCACCAACUUCCCUCUGCGACCUUUUGUCAUACCCUUUCUGAAGGCCAACCUGCCGCUCCUUCAGAGGGAGCUGCUGCACUGUGCCAGGCUGGCCAAGCAGAACCCGGCUCAGUACCUGGCCCAGCAUGAGCAGCUACUCCUGGACACCAGCACCACCUCCCCAGUAGACUCCUCAGAGCUCUUGCUGGAUGUGAAUGAGAACGGCAAAAGGAGGACACCAGACAGAACCAAAGAGAACGGCUUUGAACGAGACAGCGCUCUGCAUCCGGACGUUCACCCCAGCAAACGGCCCUGCACUAUAAGUCCUGCCCAGCGUUUCAGCCCAUCCAAUGGACUCUCCUACCAACCCAAUGGUCUGCCUCACCCAGGCCCACUCCCUCCACAGCACUACAGGCUAGACGACAUGGCCAUUGCCCAUCACUACCGUGACACCUACAGACACCCGGCGUCUAAUCAUCGAGAGAUCCGGGAGAGAGCAAGGCCCAUUGGUAUGCAUGCAGGCACCAGGCAGGAGGAAGUGAUUGACCACAGGCUGACAGACAGAGAAUGGGCUGAGGAGUGGAAGCACCUUGACCAUGUAAGAAAACUGCUCAACUGCAUCAUGGACAUGGUGGAAAAAACAAGGCGCUCACUGACGGUACUGCGGCGGUGCCAGGAGGCUGACCGUGAGGAGCUCAACUACUGGAUCCGACGAUACAGCGAUGCCGAGGAGCAGAAGAAAGGCGCUGUUAGCGGGCAGUCAAGGCAGCAGAGCCCUGCAGCACAAGAAAACACAACUUCAGAAAUUCACCGGGAGCUCCUGCACCGGCCUGUCUCUGGCUACGUCCCUGAAGAGAUCUGGAAAAAAGCUGGUACGGGAGGCUUGACUUCCUCUGUCUCCACACUCUUUCCAGAAGAGGCUGUGAAUGAGGUGAAGCGGCAGGCCAUGUCAGAGCUGCAGAAAGCCGUGUCAGAGGCCGAGCGCAAGGCUCACGAAAUGAUCAGCAGCGAGCGGGCCAAGAUGGAGCGAACAGUGGCCGAAGCCAAGCGCCAGGCAGCCGAAGAGGCGCUCUCCAUAAUCAACCAGCAGGAGGAUUCCAGCGAGAGCUGCUGGAACUGCGGACGCAAGGCCAGUGAGACAUGCAGCGGCUGCAACACGGCACGUUACUGCGGCUCCUUCUGCCAGCAUAAAGACUGGGAGAAGCAUCACCACGUGUGCGGUCAGACCCUGCAGGCUCAGCAGCAGCAGCAGGCCAGCCAGCAGCAGGGAGGGGUUCCGGGUUCAGAGACCCCCGCUCCCAUCAGCUCCUCCGCUUGCACCCCAAGCAGCGGGACCGGGAGUCCGGCUGCUACCCCCCCUGCUGCCACCCCUCGCUCAUCCACCCCUAGCACCCCGUCCUCCUCUGCCCUUGAUGGCACACCACGCUAAGAAACUCACACAGAGGUAGGAGGCAAAGGCUUCCCAGGUGUAACAGCCAGCCCACAACCCGACAACUACCGUGGCUGUCUACAUUGCCCUACAAAGAUGCUUAGAUACUAGAAUGAGACGGCAAUACUUCUAUCUUGCAGCGUAGUCAUAGAAGGAGGAAGUCCAUAAUCAGGUCAUAUUGACUUGCCAUGACUUUAAAGAAACACAAAGAUAUUCUUUGUUUUGAAUGAAUGAAUUUAAAAGUUGACAUUCUUUUACUGUUACACUUGCUAUUCUUGUUGACUGUUUGUCCUUGUACCUGUUGUUGUUAAAGUUGUCGUCAUUGUAGCUUAUCUUAUUUUCCCCUGUAAAUAUGAAGAGACUGAUCAGAGAUAGCCGUGAACUCAAGACAAGUAUAUCUGACCUGCCCUUUUCAAACGUUUUUAUUUUUCAUCCUGGAGUCAGUGGUUAUUUCCUUCCUGUACACGAGACUAGUCAACCUCAGACAUUUAUCAAACAGCAUAUCACGGGGAAUGUAACUGUCUCAGAGAAAACUUUGGGAUAAGAGAGAUAUUAGAUUUAAAAAUCCUGAAAGACACACAAAAGGAUGAAUAAGCAUGUUCGCUGCCUGGAGAGGGGAGAGGGGAUGGACUGAAUCUCCAGCCCACAGACCGCCACGAAACGGGCAGAUGUGCAGCAGAUUGCCAGCUGUUCAACUGAUGUUAUUUCCCUCUCACUUGUAAUAAUAUCCAGGUCAGUGGUCUGGGAAAUACAAAUCCAUUUCUCUGAUGUAAAAGGAAGAAUUCUUGGAUAAGAUACAAAAACCUUGCACACUUGGAGGACGGACCAAAUACAACUCGAUCGCUUGGUGGGUCACAGACGCUCUCAAACAGGAAGUGAAGUCAUCAACCCACUGGCAAGACUGUCAAAUGACCUCGACAGCAGGCUCGGAAAACAUAGACUCGCCCCAGACAACCUCCCCUCCUAUCUCGACUCUGACAACAUUUUUCAUCUUUCUUCACAUUCUUACUCGUUUUCUGUAGAUGUCAUGGUGUUUAAGACUUCUGUCCUGUGGUGUCACCAAUGGUUAUUUAUUGUAUAUGUGUUGGACAAUUGUGACAAUGCAUAGUACUUCAACCAGUCACAACUCUAAGUCCUUCAUAACUCUUUCUCUCUAGCUGGUGCAAAAAGAGAUAAAAAAAAAAAAAAGAAGUGUUAUCUUUUCUUUUUUUUCUUCCCCAAGCUGCUUCUUUUCUAUUCUGUGUAUAAGUGGUAGAUUCCUUGUAGUUCUAUAAGUUUUCCUUCCCUACGUCCUCAAGAAAAGACACAAGCUAUAUCUCAGAGCUGCUACUUGAGUCCGACCCAGAUCUUUUCUGAGAACUAGCAUGUUGCGCGGAAUGCUAACCUAAAUGUUUUGUAAAAGGGACAUACAUAAAUGUAUUUGCACUGUCACAGAGGUUAUCUCGGCAUGCUUCUUUUCAGCAUACUUGUGUUGUCGGUAUAGAGCCAUAACUCAUCAAGUCAUUUUGUAUGUAGUAUUAGCAUCUUCUAUUCUCACUUUCUCUGGAUGGGAGGAGAUGGAAAAACGUAAACCACCAAACCCAUUCCGUUUUUCUUUUUCUCUUUUUUUCAGUUUUGUUUUUUUUUCUUUUGGUUGUUAGGAGGGGCGGCCUUUCGUUUUUUUUUUUCGUUGUUGUUGUUUAAAUAGUUACAACAGUGCAUGCACAUUACUGAACGUUUGUUAAAUAUUUGUUAUUUUUUAGAAAAAACUGAAAAAACAACCAAAAAAAUUAUAAUAAUAAUUUUUAAAAAACAAUACAAAAAAAAAAUAUUCUAACAAACUAACUUUCCAAAUGCAGAGGUGUAGACUCCGAUUGACAGCUUUAACACUGCAAAGCACCAGGUAACACGCAGUAUUAACACAAGAGUUAAACAUAAAAACACCAAAAACAGCCAAAGACUGACACCAAGGACCAAAAUCCUGAUUUAAACGAUUUUUGAAAAGAGGUUUGUCCACUCAGACAUUCAGGCAUUCGUUUCUCCAGCUUUUGUUCAUAUUUCCAUGAACAAAAAGAAAAAGGAUUCAUUUAUCUUUACCGUAUUCUGGAAACCACGAGCACUCGUCUCACAUGUGGAAUAAGAAGGUGUGAAUUGACCCCGAUGAGCGUGCAGAGCGGAGAUACACUUUAACUGCAGCAAUAAUAGCUAAUGUGACACAAACGCAACUUCUGAAACCAUUUUUGAAGCAAUUCUCGAGAUUUCUUUCCUUUUUUUUUUUUUACACAUUUUUUCAUUACACAACUGUCAGAUUCAGUGCCCAUUUCAGCUUUAAGCAGUUAAGUUUUUGAUUCGCAGAGGUAAAUGUGAGACUGGGCUUUCACACCAACGCCAUUGUACUGUAUUUAUUUAUUUAUAUCAUUUGGGUUAAUCCAUCGCAAUUUUGUCGAAAACCUUUAGAGUAAAUCAGACAAACCUCUCAAUCGCAGUACGAGAGCACUUACCCCGACACUCACCCCAAACACCUUGGUGCUACACAGAAGCGCGUUACAAAUUCUGACCUCAAGGAACAAGUGGAGGCCCACAAAGGUUUCGGGGCAGUUUGCUCCCUCUGUACUUCCUCAUCUCUCCCUCCUUGUCUAACUACAACAUACACUUGCAUUCUUGACUUUAAAGGGUUAAACAAUCCAAAAAGGUGUCUGACACCCUACUAGCGACUUCUCAGAAGCUGUGAAGAAACAGCCAAGCUGUUUUAACACUAGUGUAUUUAAAGGUAUACAACAAAUAAUGUAUGUGUUCAUAAUUUUCAGGGCAAAAUCUGGGUU